GUGGGUGAAGUUGUUUGUAAUGACAGCAUCCCAAGGUCAUACCGGUUCAUUGUCAGCGCCUCUAGUUCUUUGUCGCGAAAUUGUAUAAAGACAGCUGGUGACAUCAUACGUAGUUCCACUGCCAGCGUCAUUUCCAAACAACUCGUUCAUUCCUCUAUAUGUCCAAAGGGGGAAAGGUAGCAGCAAUUGUAUCUGGAGAUGGAGGCGCUGCGAGUGGUGAGGAGUCUGCUGGUGAAAUGAUUUGGCCAGCACCGUCGUUUGAUAAACCUCAGAAAUUUCCCCCAGUCACUCAUACAAGAAAGAAACGUUACCAUUCUGCUUCAUUCAGUCACUCUGGUACAAAUGGUCUGACAAUCGAUGGGAUUCCUUCGGAUUUACACACAUUAACUGCUGCAAUUCACAAGAUCCAGCUGUCUAGUACUCGUCUACCGUACAGCAAAAACAGUAAAAAGUCACGUGAUGGUCGUAAAAUACCAAGCAAACGUGGCGGCAAACAUGAUGAUCCAACUGACGUUUUGGAUGAGAUUGAAUUGGAUCCCGAAGAUCCCGACUUUGAUUCAGAUGAAGAUGCACCAGUUACAUUUGAUGAAGUUCAGCCAACGGUAUCUGACGAAGUAUUUGAGAAGACAUUUUCUUCUCUGAUGAAUGAAUUCUUCAUCCAUGGAAAGACUCAAGAUAUCAUUGAUGCUGUUUCAGAUAUGAAUCUUGCUGCACAUCAGCGUCGUCGACUUCCAUAUUUGGCAAUCACUCUUGCUAUUCAACAUCGUCAAACACAAUGUGAGCUUACUUCAGAGUUGCUGUCGGAUAUGUGUGGAAAAGUUCUCAAUCACGCUCAUAUCCAACAAGGCUUUCAGCUUGUUUUGAGUGAGAUUGGUGACCUUAUAAUUGAUGUCCCAAAAGCACCAGAGUAUCUUGGACGUUUCGUAGCAAGAGCGAUUCUGGAUGACAUCCUUCCUCCUAAAUUUGUCGAAAUUCAAAGAUCUGUUCUAUCUCAGGUGCCUCCUAGUGGUAGCCCUCCUCAUACCAACGAAACUCUUGGAUCAGAAAAUUCUGUGAUGUUCGCUAACACUAAUACAACUCAAAGUGAUGCACAAAACGGAACUCGACCUGGUACUCGUAACCUUAGCGACAGUAGCUCUGGUGGAUCAGUCUCUGUUGAUAAUUCCAGCAGUGGUAUUGGUUCUGCAUCAAGCUUGGUUACUGUUAAUAUGGUUCGCCCAGAUCUAGCAUUACAAGCUCUAAACAGAGCUGAAAGCAUCUUAACUUUGAGGCAUGCGUUUUCCAGAUUGGAAAAUAUUUGGGGUGUACCUGCUGGACCUAAGGCAACUAAAGUGUUGGCAAAGAAAAUUAGAAGGCUUCUAAAGUCGUUCAUUGAUUCAAAUGAUAUCGAUGAAGCGACUGAGGCAUUGCUGGAACUGGAUGCUCCACAUUUUCAUCAUGAACUAGUUUUCCAGGCUAUGGUAAUGGCUAUUGAAAUAAGUACUCAACUUGCUCGUGAACGUGUCAUUUCCUUGUUGAGUGAACUGUGUUCUUCAGUAGUUUUGACAAUCGAUCAGUUAACUUUGGGUGUCAGGCGAGUCUAUGCUGAAUUGCCAGAUUUGCAAUUAGAUGUGCCUGCUGCUUAUACACUAAUGGAAUCAAUAAUGAAUGAUGCUAUUAAAGCUGGUUUCAUGCCUAGAAAACUGGCUAACGAGUUUACUGCUAAACCUCGAAAACGUUUUAUCUCAGAAACAGAUACAGUUUACAGAACUAGUAAAACUCAACCCUGGUGAUGUGAAGAAGCUACUCGAGAGGCCAAUUAUGAAGAGGCCCGGUGAUCGCUUUAGUUACUGCUAACUCAAAAAAUUUAGUCUUGCUGACUGCAGUCGGAACUGUUUAUCUGUUUUCAUUAUUAUUACUUCAGACAUAUUUUAGUCCCACACAUUUUUUUCCACACCAGUUUUGUACUCAGUAAUUUUGAUGUGUGUGUGUGUGUGUGUGCGAUGAGAAGAUAUGCGCCGGUUGUCACCCGUUGUCCUCCUCCAGCCGCUGGGCAAGUUUGUGUUUACAUGCAUUCUUUUUCUUUUUGGAUGUAAACACUGGAGAACAGUCUUUAAGGAGCUUGUUUAGUUUAUCUUUAGUGUGUUGUUGUGCAGCACAAUCUUCACAUACUUUUUCUCAGUAUGGUGUGUUGCAUUUCUUUUUGUUUUCCUCUGUCGUCAUAUUAUCACAUUGUGCUCUUUCAAGCCAUUUCUUUUUUUUUUUAAACGCUUGUCGGUUACUUUCACUUCCAAUCAUGUCAACAUAUUUCCUCUUUGUGCCUAAAUACAAAAUUAAUAAGCUGGAGGUACAUUCUCCUA